UUUUUUUAUCUGCACCUGCAGUAGCAUGUUAUUUAAGCAGGAGAAUGCGUAAGAGACUCAAAAAGUGUGUUGUUAAGAUGAGAAUGAAGAGCUCAGUUUUGAGUAUUUUAGUUGGGUUGUGGCUAAUAACUUGUUUUGGAGCAGCUGAAGAGGAGCCUAUUGUGCCAGCCAUGUAUCUGUUUGGAGACUCGUUAGCGGAUGCAGGUAAUAAUAAUUACAUUCUAAACUGCACUGCACGUGCAAACUUCAUACCAUAUGGCGUCUCCUUUUUCCCCUGCCCAACUGGUCGUUUCACUGAUGGCCGUACCGGUUUCGACUUUGUUGCUGAUUACUUGGGGCUCCCUUACCCGCCUCCUUAUCUCCAACCAAAGGCAGAUUUUGCAAGGGGGGUAAAUUUCGCAUCAGGAAGCAGCGGUUUGCUCGACUCAACAGGUGCCACACAGAAAGUUAUCAGUAUGAGCCAACAACUAUUUCUAUUCGAACAGUAUUCUCAUAUUCUGACGAGGUCAAACCCAUCUGGAGCUGCCCAAGCGAAGCUGAGAAAGUCUUUAUUUGGCAUUACAGUUGGAGGCAACGACAUUGGCUCCUACAUAGCAAACACUACUACUCCAGCAGAGUUUGUCACUCUUCUGCUCGCCAAAUUUAAUCAAUCUGUUGUAAGGCUUUACAAUGGCGGGGCGAGAAAAUUCCUUAUAUUUAACAUUCCACCUGUGGGUUGUGCUCCUUAUACUAAAUAUAUAGCUUACAAUAUAUCACAUGGGGAAUGUUUGGAUAUCGCAAACCAGCUGGCUAUGGCAUAUAACAGUGCUUCCAAGUCACUUGUCACACUCCUCAAUGAAAUACUUGACGGAGUGAUCAUCAUCCAACUUAAUGCUUAUGAUGAAUUAAUGAGCAUUAUUCAAAAUCCUAAAGCCUAUGGAUUCAGUGAUUCUAAGACGGCAUGCUGUGGAUCGGGAAUGUUUAAUGCAGAGGUGAGCUGUGGAAAGACUAAUCCGCCGAAUUUGUUUUGCAGCAACAUAAGCACACAUGUGUUCUGGGAUGGAUCUCAUGGCACUCAAAAGCUUUAUGAACUGUUUUCACAGCAGAUCUGGAGUGGAAACUCUUCUGUUAUGUAUCCAAUUAAUCUCUCUACGCUGGUCUUUAGAGAAACUAGUCUAAUUACAAACGGUGAAGAAACCCUGUCAGAGAUGUAGUUAUUGUUGUUAAAAUAAAUAAGCUAACGCCACCCGGAGCCGUGUGCACCGCUCACCACCGCUCACUUAUAAUAAAUUUCCAACAAAUUCUAUGCUGCUUGCUAUGUAGAAUUUAUAUUCUACUUUUCUAUAAAUUGAAUACAAAAACCUGUUAUCUGUGACCUCCAAAAAGCAGCGAUAAGCUCUGGUUCAUUUCUCUUU